AUGCCCGCUGGAUGCGCCGUGAAUUUCCUUAAGUCGUCCAAUCCAAGUCGCCAGCGCUCCGGCAGCGUGCGGCAGCGCGUGUGGAACAAGGUCCAACGCGCCACGUCGCUUUCCGCCAUGGAUUUCCAGACCUUCGUGCGCUCGCUCGCGCAGGAGCCGAAACCCGCGCAUUCAUUCAAGCCGUCCGGCGGCGGGGAAAGCGGAGAGGCGCGCGGAGCCGCGCAGCAGGUGCGCGGCGGAGAGGCUGCCGGCGCAGCAGCGCAGACGGCGCAGGACUCGUUCUUUACCAGGCUAGAAGUCCCCGCAGAUAGAGAUUUCUCCGCGGCGGCAAGCCCCGCAGCUCCCGCCGAUGCCUCCCACGCGGGGCUCUCGCGCGGAAGCGCCGGUAGCCGUUCCGCUGGCGUCGGAUCACACUGGGGCCUGGCGCUGUCCGCGUCAGACGCGCUGCAUCAGAUGUUCGGGGGCUCCGUGGGUGGCGCCGGGGGAAGCUCCGCGGACGACGGGAGGGAACCGGGGGAAGCCAGUGGCGGAAGCCAGCGGGGAGCAGCGGGGAGGAACUUUGGGGCUAGCGGAAGGGGAAGCGGCGGUUCCGCUGGGAGAAGCGUAAGCUCUGGGGGAAGUGUUUUUCCACCAUUGAACCAGACUCCGAACCAAACUCCAAACCGAAAUCCCCCCCAGGGACCGUCAUAUUCACGGCAGCGGAGCUUCUCCGCCUGUGGCGCAAGCUUUUCCGCCAUCCCUUCCGCCAGCCCUUCCGCCAGCCCGUACGCUAGCCCUUACGCUGGUCCUGCUGCUGGCGCGGCCGUCCCUACCUCCUCCCCCUCCCCCUACGGCGGAGGGUUGGGGGCCUCAGGUGGAGGGCUGGGGGCGCCAGGCGGAGGGCCGGGGGCCUCAGGCGGAAAGGGCGCAAGCUCCGCGGGGCCGAAGGCAGGGCCUCCGUUGCCUUUAUCGAGGUCCGCUAUAGCGAGGUUUAGGCUUCCGCGGAUGGCGUCAGAGAGCGGGCGGAGGCACAGGGCGUGGCAGGCGGACCUAGAGGAGGACGAUGGGGAGCCGCUGGAGGGGGAGGUGGUAUCUGAUCCGGUGGGAUCUGAUUCGGUGGGAUCUGGGGCAGUUGUAUCCGGGACUGAUGGAGUGAAUUACGGUAGGGGGAAUUCUGGUGGAGGGAGUUUUGAUGUGGGGAGUUACGGUGCAGGGGCUAGUUACGGUGCAGGGCAGAGGGGCGGGGGAGGGAGGUCAGGGUCGGAAGGAGGCGCGGAUGGUUUCAAGAAUCAAUCAACGCGGUCAAUGCAGUCAAUGCGGUUUGCGUCAUGGUCAGAGAGGUCAAGGUCGACUUUUGAGGCGCCUCAGGGGUCAGAAGGAGGGGCGGAUGGUUUCAAGAGUCAGUCAACGCGGUCAAUGCAGUCAAUACGGUUUGGGUCCGGUACAGAUCGGCCUAGGGCGUAUUCACUAAGCCAGACUAGCAUGGAUGGAUACCUAAGGGUAACUAGCAACAAUAGCCCUGCUCUUUCCACUGCUACUGCUACUGCUACUGCUGCUGCUGCUGAAACUGCUGGCACGUCUUUAGGGGGUGGUGCUGCUGCUUCUGCUGCUGCUGCUGCUGCUGCUGCUGCUGCUGCUGCUGGCGGCUUUCAGGAGUUCCCCAAUGGAGUCCUUCACACGUUCGGGGUGGAUCAACUGGGCGCAGGAGACAGUGAGGGCGCAGCGGGAACUCAGCAGCAGCUGCUACAGCAGCAGCUACAGCAGCAGACGCAGCAGCAGCUACAGCAGCAGACGCAGCAGCAACAUGCACGGGCACAGCCCCCCAGCAAUGCAACAAGCCCAGACGCGCAGAUUCUCGUGAUCGACCCGGGAAAGGAGUGGCAGCAGCAGCAGCAGCAAAGCACAGGCGCACAGCAGCAGGCGGGGGCAGGCGGAUCUCAGCCGUCCAUGCAGCAGGCAGCCGGCGGAUCUCGGCCGUCCACGGGCACAGGCUCGCGGGCGUCUGCCGUGGCGUAUGUGAGCAAGUUUGAGGAGUACAGGCGGCGACUGGCGGAGCAGCAGCAGCAGCUGCAGCAACAGCAUGGGGUAGUAGGGGUGGGGCCAGGGCAGGGGGGGCAGCGUAGAGGAGGUUUAGGAGGAGGUGGUACUGGUGGUGGUGGUGGUGGUGGUGGUGGUGGUGGUGGUGGUGGUGGUGGUGGUGGUGGUGGUGGUGGUGGUGGUGGUGGUGGUGGUGGUGGUGGUGGUGGUGGUGGUGGUGGUGGUGGUGGUGGUGGUGGUGGUGGUGGUGGUGGUGGUGGUGGUGGUGGUGGUGGUGGUGGUGGUGGUGGUGGUGGUGGUGGUGGUGGUGGUGGUGGUGGUGGUGGUGGUGGUGGUGGUGGUGGUGGUGGUGGUGGUGGUGGUGGUGGUGGUGGUGGUGGUGGUGGUGGUGGUGGUGGUGGUGGUGGUGGUGGUGGUAGGGGCGUUCCCAGAAGCGCGUCUCAUGACCCUUACACUGAUAGGUCGUCGCACGGCCGAGGAGAGGAGAGAUUGGAAGCUGCUGGUGCUAGUGCGGGCCUUUCCGGUGCUAGUGCUGGCUUUGCGGGUGAUGGGUUUGAUGCUGCUCUUGGUAUGACCAGCGCUGCUGGCGGGGAUGUUGAGGCUCAUGAGGCUGGUGGGGGCGGUGGGGGCGGUGGGGGCGGUGGGGGCGGUGGGGGUGGUGGGGGUGGUGGGGGUGGUGGGGGUGAUGGGGGUGGUGGGAAUGGCGAAAGGAGUAGGGGGGAGAGGCAGGGAUAUGGCACUUACAGAGGCUCGCCAGCGGCAAGGGGAGGAGCCGCUGCAGGGGGGGGACGAGCAGGCGGCAGGGUGGGCGGCAGAGCGAGCGACAGGGCGGGCGGCAGGGCCGGUGGGGCAUUUAUAAUGAGGUCGGCAUCGCUUGGCAACGCUGGGGAUUUCAUGGGGCAGCUGGAGGGGGAUGACGUGGACGUUGACGUGGAUGGAGGUGUAACUGACUCAGGUGGGGGCUUAGCUGGGGGCGUGGAGGUUGGGCUAGGUGAGUGGGGCAUGGGCGGCACAGGGAGUGUAGCAAUGGGCGAUGGGGUUACCACAGGUGUUACAGCUAAUGCUGUUACCACAGGUGCUACAGGACACAGGGCUGCUAGUUCUGCUACGUCAGCAGUUGGGGCAAGUAGUGGCCGGAUAGGUGGCCGAGGUAGGGGUAGGGGUAGGGGUGGUGGUGCUGCUGGUGGUCGAGCCUCGGGCUCUCCGUCUGCCACUCUCUCUCUUCGGAACUAUGAGAAGUUCCGACCCUCAACAGCAGCAGCAGGAGGAGCAGCAGCAGCUGAGCCGUCCUCCUCUUCAGUGCAAUUCCUCUCAGGAUCAGGAGAAGACGGGGAGGAGGAGGAUGAGGGGCUGGCGCCUGUGGCUGCAAGUGGCUACGCCCCAGAUGCCUCUAGGCGAGCUGGUUACAGCACUGGCAGUGGUCGUGGUCGUGGUGCUGGUGGCUCUGCUGCUGCUGCUGCUGCUGCUGCUGGUGCUGCUGCUGGCAGUGGGCGUGGCCGGGGUAACCCUAACUCUACCCCGGGUAACCGCCGACUGCUGCGGCGGCACACCGACGACCCAACGCAGCUGAAUCGCGUCCAGACGCCCGACGCUCUUUCGUCCUUUCCUGCCGUGCCCUCCCGCCUUGGCCCUGGGAAUCUCCAGCGUACCUCGUCCUCUGCCGCCCAGCGGCCGUCCUCUGCCGCCCAGCGACCUUCAGCUGCCGCCCAGCGGUCUUCCGCUGCCGCCCAGCGGCCUUCUUCUGCCGCCCAGCGACCCUCCUCUGCCGCCCAGCGGCCCUCUUUGUCCUCUUCUGGGCGGCAGCAGGAAUUCAGAGACCAAGGGCCGAUGCAGCAGCAGGGGCAGAUGCAGGAGCAGAUUCACCCCAAAAGCCAGGCUUUAAGCCCUCACAACCACACUGCAAUCCGCUCUCCCUCUGCCCGAAGCCCUCGUGCCGGCCUGCCCCCUCCUCCUACCCCUCCCUUGCGCUCUCCGUCCGCUCUUUCUCCGCUUUCUCCUCUUUCUUCCCCUCUUUCUCGGGAUAAGCUGGCCUCACAGCGGCUAGAGCAGAGGGCCCCCCUGUCGCCACUUUCACCACAGCAGGGGCAGCAGCAACAGCAGCUGAUGCAGCAGCCGUGGCAACAGCAGGGCCAGCUGCUGCAGGGGCAGCAGCAGGGGCAGCAGCAGCCAUGGCAGCAGCAAGGGCAGCGGCCGCAGCAGCCCACCUCUCCUCAAAGCAUGGCUGUACACUCUGCUCCCCCCUCCAGCCCUAUACAAGCACUCGUCCAAUACCCCACCACCAGCCCUGUUCAAACACUCAUGCAGCAUGUGCCUGCUAGCCCCUCCCAGAGCGUGUAUGGGCCGGUUGAGAUGCAGCAUAUGUCUGAACAUGCUCCCCUGCAUUCUCCCUUGCGCUCUCCACACACGCUCACUCACUCCCCCCAUUCGCCCCUUCAUUCUCCCCGUGCUCCCAUGCAACCCCCACAUUCGCCCAUGCACUCCCCCCGUGCUCCCAUGCACUCUCCACGUGCUGCCCCACACUCCCCCCAUGCGCCCAUGCAUUCCCCCCAUGCGCCCAGGAACUCCCCCCAUGCUGCCCCACUCUCCCCCCAUGCGCCCAUGCACUCCCCCCAUGCACCCAUGCAGUCCCCCCACGCGCCCAUGCACUCUCCUCAUGCUGCCCCUCUCUCUCCCCGUGCACCCAUGCACUAUCCCCAUUCUGCCCCACGCUCCCCCCAUGUGCCCAUGCACUCCCCCCAAGCGGCCAUGCACUCCCCCCAUGCGCCCAUGCACUCAACACAUGCUGUCCCACACUCCCCCCACGCUCCUAUGCACUCCCCCCGUGGUCUCACCCACGCCCCCCAUUCCCCCCUUCACUCCCCCCAUGCGCCCAUGCACUCCCCUCAUGCUGGCCCACUCUCCCCCCACGCUCCCAUGCACUCCCCCCAUUCCCCCCUGCGGUCCCCCACACAAGGACUGCACUCCCCCCAUUCCCCCCUUCACUCCCCCCAUGCGCACUCCCCUUCCCACCCCAUAGUCCCCCCCCACUCCCCAUUGCGCUCUCAACACACAGCCCCUCCAUAUGACCAGCAACAGCCCGUCUCCCCCAUCUCUUUUUCUCCCAACUCCUUUGCCCCCAACUCCUUCCCCCCCUCCUCCUCUUUCCCCAACUCCUCCUUGCAUCCGGAGGCUCGGAAACCUCCGGAGGCUGGCCAACCGGUUUGGAAGCUUGGUGCGGCAGAGGAGAGCACACCCGCACCUGCAUUGGGCGGUGGAAGUGAGAGUAUUGUGACUGUAUUGGACUGUGACAGUGGCGACAUGUUUUCAUUUGAACAGGAGAGGCAGGAGGUCCCUGGUGGGGGGGUGAGCGUGCGAGCUCGGGAGGUGAUGCGAGUGCAUGCUGAGCAAGAGGAGAUUGAUGGGAAUCAGCUGCGGCAGCAGCAUCAGUGGCAGCAGCAGCAGCAACAGCAACAGCAACAGCAACAGCAACAGCAACAGCAACAGCAACAGCAACAGCAACAGAAACACCAACAGCAGCUGCAGCAGUUUUCCCUCCUAACAUCCUCCACAGAACCAUUCCUUCCCACCUCAAACGCAUUGUUCUAUCCACCUUCUAACCAAACCCCCCAAGCCCUCCAAACCUCCCAACGCCACGCGCAGCAGCAGCACCCAGGAAGCACCACCCACCUCUCCCCUCCUCCCUCCAACACACCCUCACCUCUCGCCGACUCUCCUUCCUUCUCUCACUUCUCCCCUCCUCCCUCCUACUACGACCCUGCAAACCCCUCCCUUCCCUCCCAUACCGCGCACAACCGCUUUGCAAACCCACACAGUAGCGCUUACGCCUCUGACCCUACCGCCUCCCCGCAGGAUUCUUUGCCGCGCAUGCACACCAACCCUCUCCACUACAGACGGCCUUACAACACUCACCUGCCCCGCCGCCCCCCUCGCCCCGUUCCACCUCAGUCUAGGAAUGCGCUGGCUGCAUCAGCUGCUGGGGCUGGGGGAGGGGGUUUUGCCUCAGCCAGAUGA